AUGAGAUUUCAGAAGUACCUUAAGCGAAAUUUAUAUGCGCCCUACAAGUACAACUACUUAGACUACGAGAAUCUAAGAGAGAGGUUCAAAAAGGAGGGGUUUGCCUCCAGCGAUGAAGACGAGUUUGUCCGAGAACUGGAUGCCAACAUAAAGAGAGUCUUUGGGUUUGUUGAGUCUAAGUACUCCGAGUUUGUCCAGAGGUUGAGGACGUUGGAGAAAAAGCCGCCCAAGGAAGCUAGAAGCAAGAUAAAGGAGAUGACGGAGGAGAUGCGCCACUUUGCAGAGUUUAUAAGAAUCAAUGUCAUAGGAUUCAAGAAGCUCCUAAGGAGACAUGACAAACAUACAGAGUACAGGCUCCUUCCUUCAUAUAAGCCGAUGCUAAAGGGUAAGAUUAAGUCUGUUGAGGAUCUUGAUGAGCUGAUAUACAAGGCAAGCCGGAUUUCCCUCAAGGCGAUAGAGACGAAAAAGAAAAAUACCGAAAGCAAUUGCAUGUUUAUACGGAUGACUGAUAAGUACUGGGUGCACAAGGAGAAUGUGGUGCCUGUGAAAUUUUAUAUUACCCAGCAUCUUCCAAUAUAUGUUUUUUCGAAGGGCAACGAAGAAAAGAGCCCGUAUAGUUCAUGGGACAAGAAUUCGCAUGAUACUUGCAUAUCAUCUGUUUACUUCGACAACGUUGCAUUUGAUCUUUAUGGAGAAAGGCUUAAAAAGCUGCACCACUCCGAGGCGAUCAGGAUAAGAUGGUAUACCUCGGAAGUUCCGGAUGUUGUGUUUGUGGAAAGGAAAAAGCAUGAAGAUGGAUGGACCGGCGAGUCAAGCAAGAAACUGAGGUUUAUGAUAAAUGAGAAGCAGGUUCUCAAGUACAUAAAUGGAGAGGAUGUGUGGGAAGAUGUCCGGAGGCUGAACGGAGAUGAAGAUGUGAGAAUGCUGUAUGAAGAGGUCCAGUCGUCUAUUGUUAACAGAGGGCUCAGGCCCGUUGUCAGAACAUUCUACAGGAGAAGUGCAUUCCAAAUUCCCAAUGACUCCAGUGUUAGAGUAAGCCUUGAUACUGAUCUGUGCAUGAUAAAGGAAUGCAGCGACGCCGAGAUAGUCAAUCCGACAUAUCCCAUCACGAGAUGGAGAAGGAGCGACGUGAACUGCGACUUUCCUUUCAGAAAUGUUCCCAAGAGCGAGAUAGUCCGUUUUCCACAUGCAAUACUUGAGAUCAAAACACAAAACUUUGACGAGACGAAGCCCAAGUGGAUUGAGGAGCUUAUCAACGGCCCACUGGUGGAGCAUGUACACAAGUUUUCGAAGUACCUGCAUGGAUGUGCCGUCUUGUAUCCAUUUAUCCAGGACAUUCCUUAUUGGCUUCCGCAGGUGGCUGUUGACAUAAGAAAAGAUCCGUUCCACCCAGACGUGGACAAGAAAUCCUUUGAGAACACGGUUCUGGUCGAUGUUCCUGCCGAUAGUGACCCCAGCAACAGUGAAAAGCUUAGUCCAAUAGAUGUUCAUGGAAAAAGAAUAUCUAUUCCUGUUCGUGUGGAGCCAAAGGUGUUCUUUGCUAACGAAAGAACGUUUCUGUCCUGGGUCCAGUUUGCCAUCUUCUUGGGAGGGAUAGGAAGCGCACUCCUGGGCCUUGGAGAUGAAAGGGCCAGCUUCUCGGGGCUGAUCCUAAUCAUUGUAGCAAUAAUCUUUUCGUUCUACUCCCUGUAUCUGUAUCUGUGGAGGGCCAGUAUGAUAAGACAGAGAGACCCUGGGCCGUAUGACGACAUAUACGGGCCUGCCGUUCUUGUUUGUGUGUUCCUGGUUGCAAUGGGGCUCUCGGUUUUCUUCAAGUUUCCACUAAAGAGGUUCUGA